AUGAACAAUACCCAAAGCUUCACCCAGAGCGUGGCAACAGACACUGGAACCAACGCCACCCACAACGACGUUGAAUGUGCACCACCAUCUGGUAUAAAUGUCCUCAUCGUCGGUGCUGGAGUCGGCGGUCUCGUAGCCGCCCUUGAGUGUCACCGCAAAGGCCACCAUGUCCGCAUCUUCGAGCGGAGUCUUUCGGCCAGCGCAGGUGGAGAUAUGUUCACUGUCGGCCUAAGCGCUAGACGAUUCGUCGAUCACUAUCCAACUUUGAAGCAGGAAUACGACGACAUCUCCCUGCAUGAUGCGCAUAUGCAGUAUCGCAAGUGGACCGGGGAACCAAUAGGCGAGGCCUGGCCAUUCAGCAAGAUGAUGGGUAUCAGUGGCACGAUCGACCCACAUAAGCUGCCAAUGGUCUCGCAGAUCCGGCCAUUGUUCCAUGCAGUGCUUCAUUAUCAGGUCCAGCGCUUCGGUAUUGAGAUCGCCUAUGGGAAGCGCAUCCUUGAGUACUAUGAGGACACCACCAGAGGUGUAGGAGGAGUCGUUGAUGAUCGCGGCGAGCGUAUAGAGGCCGACCUGGUCAUUGCCGCUGAUGGUCUCCACUCACAUUCUCGUGAUGUCGUACUCGGUGGUCAGGAUCAGGGCACGCCGUCUGGCAAGAUCAUAUUUCGAGCUGCCUGGCCACUAGACACUGCCAUGGCUGAUCCUCUGGUGAAGGAGUACUUCGGUCUCAAGGACGGCAAACAUCCACUGAUGCAAGGCUGGCUCGGCCCAGAAAUUCACACCAUGCUGCUAUCGUACGUUGACAAGCAAGGCAAGAACGGUCGAAUGUGCUGGGGCUUGAACCUGAACAUGCCUCUGGACGAAGACACCAAUGCAAAGGAAUCCUGGCAUCAUACCGUUACAAGCGAGUACGUACUCAACGCCAUAGAGCGGGUGCCAGGCUUCGGCGAGCCGAUGAAAGCUCUCAUCCGCACCAUGCCAGAAGAUAGCAUAGUUGAGUGGCCUCUUUUAUGGCGCAAUCCCAAUCCAUGUACCUAUUCUGAAGGAUGUCGAGUCCUACAGAUCGGAGAUGCAGCCCACUCGUUCCUACCGGCCUCCGGCAAUGGCGCCACACAAGCAAUUGAGGAUGCCAUUACUAUCGCGGCCUGUCUACAACAUGCCGGCAUGGACGACAUACCGACAGCAGUCAAGACGCACGCACUCCUUCGCGGUGACCGUGUCUCUUGCGCCCAGUUCCUUGGCUUCUACAAUGCCGAGCGCUUCCAGAAGUCAGACAUGAAAGCUGUAGUUACCGAUCCUACCAAAGUCAAUGCCAAGGUGCCGAAGUGGAUCUGGAUGUCUGAUCCAGAGAUUUAUGCGAACGAGAAUUACAAGGAGGCUGCCGCAAGCUUGGGGACAGAAGGCAGUGGCUUCAAGAACACCAAUAUACCUACCGGGUACGUGCCUGAGAAAUGGUCAAUCGAGAGCAUCGAAGAAUUGCACAAGCAGGGCAAAUUGGUCGAGCUUAGUGGAGAUUGGUUGUAA